AUGGCAGACUUCGCCCAUCUUCACUUUGGCCUUCCAGCGGCUCCUUUCAGGCAUGGUUCGAUAGCGAAGAGAUGGGCAAAGAGGGCUCCGAGCGCAAGCUGCAUGACCGGUGGUUUCAUGACCUCGCCCACUCAAGGGCAAUCCUUCUCUUUUCCUGGAACUGAUCACCUCACCGUAUCAUGGGAUUCUUCAUGCCUCACCGCCGAGCUUCUUGAUAUCUAUCUCUAUGCCUUUUCCACCCACAAUAACACUGAUUCUACCCAAACCAACGCCGACUCUACUCGAAUCCACCUGUAUACAUCCGUUCCCAAUGCUUUGUCUUCCUACAGCGCCCCCGUCAAACCAAAGUGGUGGAACGCAACUGCCGUGCCCAACACAUCUGUCUCGCUCCAGCUUCUCAUCCUGCCCAAAGGCGAUCCUAUCUUCAUGAACUCGCUUCCAGCAGGCCCCGUCUUCGCCGCGACAUAUGUACCGCCUGCCGAUGGAUCCGUGCCACCAGAGGCCGACUGGAAGAUCCAAGAUCUCGACGGUGGAGUAUCCGACUUCGCUGUCGAUAACAAUCCCGAUGGCACUGUUAAACCUGUUGUUGAGCCCAAGAAGGGGCUGUCAGCCGGCUCGAAAGCUGCUGCAGCCCUCGUCCCGCUCCUCUUCGUUAUCUUCGCCGGCAUCGGCUAUUACGUGUGGAGGAAGAGAAAGGCGAGCAGAGACGAGAGGAAACGAUUUAGCGAGAUGGUUGAUAAGCGGAUGAGCGUGAUCAGCCGGGAUUGGACUAGCAUGAGUGCUAAGGGAGGCAUGGAGGGUAUCCGUGCGUCUUUGUACGGCGAGAAGGGCAUGAACGACGCGAUGAGGAACAGCGUCUAUGGGGGCGAGGAGAUGAGGCACAGCGUCAUCGCAGGAGGGCAAGCUGGUAUCGGUGCCAACGCCAGGUUCAACGCAGAAGCUGUAGCCAACCCUGCCCUAGCUGAAUACCAGUCGCACUUGCGCCCCGGCGUGCGGGCUUCUACGUACUCGAACGGCGAUAGGAAAUCGCGUGUUUCCUUCGCGGACGGAACCCGACCCUCUGUGGACAGAAAGUCACGGAUCUCCUUUGCUGAUACCACUCGCCCGUCCAUGGAUCGAACCUCCCGAUAUGGCACCGGCAGAGCGAGCCGUGCGUUCCACACUGCCUUCACGGUCGACGUUCCAUCGCAGCAGCGAGGAUUGGGCUCCGCAUCGCCCGUCUCGCAUUUGACUACUGCGUCCAACGCCGCAUCGAACGGGCACUCGAAGAAGAGCCUGGAUUUCCCGAAUCCGUACAGCGGCGAUGACUACAGCGAGGAGGGAAGCGCGUUGGGAGAGGGUUCUGGGAGCAUGUCGCCUACCCAGACGCAGGGCCCGACGAGCUUGAGCGUGGAGGAUAUCAGGAGGAGGAUCGGGGGUACGAGUACGAAUGCGGGGUCUUCGGCGAGUAAGGAGGAGGACGACGCGAUGGUUCCUGCGCUGAGACUCAUGCGCAAAGGCUCGAAGCAGGCCUCGCCCACGACUGGCGCGGCUGCGUCCGACGAAGGCAGCGAUGAACUCCUGUUUUCGCCAAGCCAGUUCCAGUUCGAUGCGAACGCGAACGCGAAUGCCAAUACGAAUAACGUCGUUGUCGUUACUGUCCCGCCCCCCGCGCAUGGCGGCGGCGCCUCCAGCGGGUUUGUGUCCCCGAGGUCGCCGGGCCCGGUGGGGAUGAUGCCCUCGAUGAGCAGUAUGGCUGCGGCCCCGGAUUCGGUGAUGUCCCCCGAUGCGCUUCUGCGUGCUUAUGCUGAACGCCGCGCCACGUCGUCGCACGCGUCUUCGUCUUCCACCCCCGUCAACGCCGUCAACGGCAUGCGCACUGCCAAUAAUACGCCGGCGCCGGCGCCGCUGGUCAUAUCUCCUCCCAUCUCUCCUCCCAUCUCGGCCAGUGCGAGCACCAGCACCCCGUACAGCCUUUCGGCGCCGGUAACGACCGAUUAUAAUUACAAUUACAAUUACGGCAAUUACGGUUACGGCAAUUACGCCGCGGCGAAUGGUGUGAGGACGCUGUAUUCUCCUGCUGGGAGUGCGGGCGGGGGCGGGGGCGGGAGUGGGGGCAGGGAGAGCGUGUAUAGCGUCGGCGGGAACGAGGAAGAUGCGUACGGUGGGCAUGUAUAG